CGGGUUGGCAAAUAUGUCCAUCCCGGCUGGCAUGAUGUCAGGACCUUGCCGAUUGACGUCUGACCAAGGGUCCAACAAACUCUGAAUGAGCCAGUGUCACGAUUGGCCCCGAAUGAAAAUGAACGAGUGCUGGAAUCUGGAUAUGAUCAUCGAUGCCUUCAAGAAAGGAGAUGUACACGAAACGAUAGAGUUGCAUUCACUCUCCAAUUCUACUUACUUACUCUGGCCCAAGCCGAAGAUGGAAGACUUCGAUUUUUUGAAGGAUGCCCUCAACGACCUCGAAGUGGUCGAGGUACUCAGUAUAGGUGCUGGUAGCGGGCUGUUCGAGUGGGCCUUGGAAAAAAUUUCAGGCAUACCAGUACUGGCGGUGGAGUUGGACAGGAUCUACUGGAAGAACACCCCGCGACCCAAUUUCAAAGCGCACAUCUUUGCCGAUGAAGAACUCCUCCGUUGCCGCCUGGAAUCUGGGAACGCCGCUUUACUUUUCUCAUAUUUCAACGAUUAUAAGCAUUUCCUAAGAUACCUAAGCCUUUUCACCGGGAGUGUCCUCAUCCUCAUAGGGCCUGAGUGCCAUGGGAGGUACUCAAUGCCGACCCCGUUUGACUCGAACAUACCGAAAGAAUGGAAACUGUGGUGCUCAAAGGAAAUCUCGUCCACAAAAGAUUUCAUAACAGUGUACACAAAAUAAAUACAAUUUUCCAAACUG